GUGGCAGCCUCGCGUGCAAAUGCUGCGCUGACGGCACUGCAUGCCCUUCGCUACGGCCUCUGUGCUGCCGAAUUUCAGGACUGUUACGCGCCUGAUGUGGUGCCGGCGGACUAUGUACUGAGCUUUUGUUCCGUCGCCGAUGCGGCGCUUGCGGAAAUGCGGGUGGAAGAGCGGGGCGGCCACGAGUCGCUUUGCACGGCCAUGCUGGUUCCGGAGGCUCUUGAACGGAUUGUCGAAGCGGUGCGGGCUGCGGUGUUCCUGCCUUUGCCUGCUGCUGCGCAUUCGACGGUACUGUCACCCGUGUUUCUUCCACGCGAGCUGUCUCCAUCGCAGAUUUGCGAUCCACAAACGCUUUCGCUGGGCGCGCUGACGAAUGCAGAGCUCCAAGGUCCGGCAAACGUCGAUUUUCGAGGAUUGAGGGUGCCGCAGCUCUCCAUGGAAUCCAUCCUGAAGCGCAUCAGGUGGAAAAGCAACCAAGAGCUAUCACGCUGGGUUGUCAAUCUCGGUGCAUAUGAUGGGAAAUGUGGUCGUGGUACUGAGUGCUACGAUCCGGCGAACUGCCUGGUCGAAGAGCAGCACUUCCAUGGUCUGCUUCUUGAGGGCAAUGCCUCGAUGGCAGAACUCAUGCAUGCCAGGCUUCAUGAUGAACAGUUGCUGAACGAUGUUCGAGUCCGGGCGAUAGCAGUCACUCCGCUCACCGUGGCAGACGUCGUGUUGAGGAAUCUUCCGGUGCGAGAGGUAGACCUCCUCAAGAUCGAUGUCGACAGCAUGCCUCACGACGAGCUUCUUCGCAGGCUCUUGGAGUCAGGGCUGAGGCCCAAGGUCCUACACACUGAAAUCGGCCCCAUGUUUCCUCCGCCUGUCUCCUAUUGGCGCGAGUACGAUGAGAAGGAUCCGCUCGUGUACACCCCGCGACCAGAGCUCGUCGGCCUGAAUCCAUCGCUUGCCAGAGUAGACUCGGUGCUUGCGCCUUUCGGGUAUGAGUUGCUGCAGGUAGAGCUCUAUGACGCUGUCUGGGUGCGGGCAGAAUACUUACCUGCCUUCGGCCAUGUAGGCGAGUACAAUGUCUACGACAAGUGGCUGGUCGGCUCAUUCUGCAACCCUGGCUUCCUCAGAUUUGGCGAGAACUUCAGAUAUGGUCGCUACGACUACCGAGCAUGGGCCGCGCCUGAGCUUCCCUGGGAGGCCAACUCCAACUCGUCUCCCUCCAAGCCUCAUAUAAGAUAA